UGAAAGAGGCUGAAGUUCUGACCCAGGAGCGUGUGAUGGUGUCAGAAGCCAUCAUGACCGCGCUGGGAGAUAUUCAUUCCUCUGAAGCAAGAGAAGGAGACCUUGAACCUUGUAGAGAAGGUGUACCCAAAAGCCCUAUUUCACUAGCUGAUGUUGGCUCAGAAGAAUUCUUCCAGAAGCUUACCUCGCGUAUCUCAGAAAUGGUAUCUGCAAAAAUAAGUCAGGCCACACUUCGAGUGCCAGGUGCAGAAAGUGAUGAUGAAUCAAAAACUCCCUCUGCAUCUCCCCGCCAUGGACGAUCCAGACCUUCCUCCAUUGCUCAGGAGUCCUCCUCAGAAUCUGAAGAUGGGGAUUCCAGAGGAGAGAUCUUUGAUGUCUACAUGGUCACGGCUGACUACGUGCCCGCUGCUCCUGACAGGGAGACCAUCACUUUGAAGGAAGGUCAAUAUGUGGAAGUCCUUGACUCAGCUCAUCCUCUGAAGUGGCUGGUCAGGACUAAACCCACCAAAUCUAGCCCCUCUCGACAGGGUUGGGUAUCUCCAGCUUACCUGGACAAGAAAUUAAAGCUGUCACCAGAGUGGGGAACUACAGAAGUUCCUGAGUUCCCUGGAGAGUUCGUUUCUGAAGACGAAUAUAAAAGGAAGCUGAGCAUCCUUAUUCAAGAGCUGUUGGUCUCAGAAGAGGAUUACAUUCAAGAUCUGCAGUUCCUCCAGACUCAUCAUCUUAAGUUCACUGACACCUGCCCCAACGUCCCGGGGGCUGUCGCCAGUCAGAAGUCCACCAUCUUCAGAAAUAUCGAUGACAUUUCUCGCUUCCAUUCCAGUGUUUUCCUCCGAGGCUUACAGAAAUGUGACACUGAUGAUGACGUGGCCAUGUGCUUCAUCAAGAACGAAGCAGAGUUUAAUAAGUACAUCCAGUACCUGGUGGGAAGGGUACAGGCGGAGUCAGUCGUUGUCAGCAAAGCUGUCCAGGAUUUCUACAAGAGAUACACAGAUGAAAUUUUAACUAAUGAGGAUCCUUCACAGCCACUUAUUCCACCAUUGCAGCACUACCUGGAAAAGCCCAUAAACAGGAUCCAGCAAUACCAGACCAUAAUCAAGGAAUUAAUUCGAAACAAAGCAAGAAAUAGCCAAAACUGCACCUUGCUGGAGCAGGCUUAUGCCGUUGUGUCUGCCCUCACCAGAAGAGCAGAAAACAAUCUGCAUGUCUCACUCAUUGAGAACUACCCAGGGACCUUGGAAAGCCUUGGUGAACCCAUCCGACAGGGCCACUUCAUUGUGUGGGAAGGAGCUCCAGGAGCUAGAAUGGCAUGGAAAGGACACAAAAGACAUGUUUUCCUCUUCAGAAACUACAUUGUGAUCUGCAAACCAAAGCGAGACACAAGGACAGAGACCUACAGUUACAUCUUCAAGAACAUAAUGAAGCUGAACAACAUAGACGUGAAUGACCUCGUGGAAGGGGAUGACCGGGCAUUUGAGAUCUGGCAUGAACGGGAAGACCUGGUCCGCAAAUAUCUGCUUCAGGCACGUACAGUGAAUAUCAAGAACUCCUGGGUGAAGGAGAUCUGUGGCAUCCAACAGCGGAUCAGCGAGCCUGUCUGGAUACCUCCGGACUUUGAGGAAGAACUGGCGGACUGUACGGCUGAGCUGGGGGAGACAGUCAAGCUGGCUUGCAAAGUUACAGGAGCUCCCAAACCGUCUGUCAGCUGGUACAAAGAUGGAAAGCCAGUGGAGGUGGAUCCCCAUCAUAUCAUAAUAGAAGAUCCCGACGGUUCCUGCACAUUGAUCUUGGACAACCUAACAGGUGUUGACUCAGGACAGUACAUGUGCUUUGCUUCCAGUCCUGCUGGAAAUGCCAGUACCUUAGGAAAGAUCCUUGUUCAAGUGCCACCACGGUUUGUGAACAAGGUUAGAAACGCUUAUUUUGUGGAGGGUGAAGAUGCUCAGUUUACCUGCACUAUCGAAGGAGCACCUAGGCCUCAGAUCAGAUGGUACAAAGAUGGUGUAUUGUUGAAGGACACGAGUAAGUACCAGACUUUCAGUGAACCACGGAGCGGCAUAAUAGUCCUUGUGGUCAAGAACCCUUCCAAUGAAGAUAUGGGACACUAUGAAUGUGAGCUGAUGAACAGAUUAGGGUCUGCAAAGAGUGGAGCAGAACUCUACCACCACAGUGCUGCAGCCCUGACCCAGGAGAGGAGAGGAGACCAAGCCAUUACCAUAGAAGGUAUGAUCCUUGACCAGCUCU